AUGAUUUAACAAUAAUAAUCCCCUUAUUGGUCUAAAAUAUUGGAGAAUUAAUUAUAGGAGAAACAACAAUAUGAUAAUCAAUUCAAAUACGAUUAAGAAUUAAGGAAGUAGAGAUACAAGUAAGAAUUGCAAACUGAUAUGAUGCUUCAUUAAUAGAAGAAAUAAGUUCAACAAAAUUAAAAUUAAUAACUAGAAUCUAUAAUGUUGGAGACUUUAAGAUAGAGGGAAUCUAAGAAAUUGAAAGAAAUGGAGGAAAGGAAAAUAAAGUAAAUUUAAACAAGUUUAGACAACCUGAAUAAUCUCAUGAUUAAGAAAAAAUUAAAUAUGGAGAGAUCUUACAACAACCAAUAAUAGGAUAAGGAAUUCAUUAGAUAACAAUAGAUCAAGGAAUUGAAAAGCGUUGAAGAAAAGAAAUUGAAAAAAGAAGAAGAAGCAAAAUUAUUAAAAUUGACUUAUGAUGAUAUGAUCAAUAAUAAAAGAAAGUUGAGAUAAGAAUAAUAGUAAAAUAUCCAAUAAUCUAUUCCAACAUUAACAUUAGAAUAAAAUAGGACAAAGAUAGAUACAAAGAAGUAUCAAGAAGAAUUACAAAAGUAACUUGAAUAAAAGUAAAAAUAUUUGGCAGAUUUGAGAAUUAAAAAGAUAGAAGAAAGGUAGCGUGUAGAGUAAAAAAUAGAAUUCGAAAAAUAAAAAAUGAUGGAGAAUAAGCUAAAAAAUUAUUAAGCAUAUAAAUAAUAUGAAGCUGAAAAUUAUGAAUUGUUGGUUGAUAGAAAAAACUAAUAGUAAUAAUAGACUAAUCCUUAAGAAUUAAAACUAUUACAAAAUGCAUCUACAAAUAAAUUGCCACGAAUAUAUUAAGACAAUUAUUAGCCUCUUGAAAGGAAAAAAUAGUUAGAAUUGCUUGAUAGGGACUUACUAAAGUAUUAAUUAUUACAGUAGUAACAAAAGAUAAUAGAAAAUAAUCACACAGCAAUUAAUUCGAUUCAAUAAUAAGACGGAACAAGAUCUGAAACCUCAAAAAACACCAAAUAAUCAAAACAAGUUAAUAAAUAGGUGUAAUAAUAAGAAAUUCGUGUCUCUUCUCCAUCUCAAAAAUCAAGAAAUUAAAAAUAAAUUCCAAAUAAUAUAAUGGUUAAUCUGAAUUAAAAAUAUGUACCAAAAAAAAGAAGUUUUAAUAUAGUGACAGGAAUAAUAACAUCAAAUUGA